CAUGUACUGUUAGCGAUCUGGUGGUGGCCUCCCUCUUCGCUUUCUCUGUGUUAUCUCCUUCCUCCCGACGGUAAAAAACGGCUCAAAGCUCCGAGGAAUCUGAUCGGUAAUCUGUAACAUCGGAUUCGCACAGAGAUAGAUUGGGAAACAGAGAAAGUGGGAAAUGAGUUCGGCUCUUCCUCUGAGUCAUUUGUUGCCUCUCUCCACUUCCCUCCGUUCUCUUCCUCCAGAUUCGUAUUCUCCUUCGUCCCUUAGAUCGACGAACCCUAAUUUCUGCCGCCGUCGCUCCGCUUCUUCUUCUUCCUCUUCCUCUUCCUCCUCCUCCUCCCAAUCUCAUUCUCAUGCCGAGCCUUUCCCAGGACGGCGACGAUCCUCUCCCUCCGUUCCCAUGUGCUUUCCUGAACACAUGAGAGAUCAAGAUGACUUGGAAAAUUGGAGAAAUAUAGAAUGUGUGCUUGAAUCUGAUGAAGGUACUGGGAUCCGAAUUCCGUCCCAGGCUCAGUCUCUCGUUGAAGGGUCUGGGUCAGUUGUGGUGUCGGAGGUAAAACCCAUCCCUGACGUGGAUUAUAUACAGGAGCUUUUGGCGAUACAGCAACAAGGGCCUAGAUCAAUUGGCUUCUUUGGAACAAGGAAUAUGGGUUUCAUGCACCAAGAGCUGAUCGAGAUUCUGAGCUAUGCCAUGGUUAUAACAAAAAAUCAUAUAUAUACAUCAGGUGCAUCUGGGACCAAUGCGGCUGUUAUCAGAGGUGCGUUGAGGGCAGAGAAACCAGAGCUUCUUACCGUCAUCUUGCCCCAAAGUUUGGAAAAACAACCUCCUGAGAGCCAGGAAUUGUUGGCCAAAGUGAAAAACGUGAUAGAGAAACCUCACAACGAUCAUUUGCCAUUGAUAGAAGCCAGCAGGCUAUGCAACAUGGACAUCAUAUCUCAAGUGCAACAAGUCAUCUGCUUCGCCUUCCACGACAGCAAACUGCUCAUGGAGACAUGCCAAGAAGCCAAAAACCUCCGCAAGAUUGUCACGCUCUUCUACUUGGAUUGAUCCUUCCUCCCUCAUGUUUGUUUUGUUCCUCAAUUUGGGGAAAAAAAGAUAUCAUUCCAUUGUAAAUUUUUACACAGACCUAUUCUUCUUGGGUCCUUCUAAAUUUUUGGUUUACAUUCAACAUUGUAAUAAGAACGUCUUUAGAUUAUUUUUGUAAGACCAAACUUGGUCAAAGGUUUAUGUCUGCGUUUACAUUGUA